AUGGGCAAAGGCGAGAAUAAGGCUAUCAAGGCGGCGGGCAGGCCACGGGACGAUGGGCCUCCUUUGACCUUGAGGGAGAUACAGCUAGCACCGGUAAUAUGGGCCAAGCUUUCGGGAUACUCGUGGUGGCCAGCUCGGGUGGCCACCAUACACGAGGUGAAGGGGAUCAAGAGGCCCCAAGGGAAGGAGAUGAUAUGCACCUACUUUCUCGGAGAUAACAAUAUAGGGUUCGUGAAGUUGAGCAACGUCCUCCGGUUCACCCGGGAGAACUGCGAGCAGUACGGCUCCCGCAUCACCACCAAGUCCUUCAAGGACGGGGUGGCGGCGGCGAUUGCACUGCUGAACGAGAGCGAGACCUGGGACAAGGAGUUCCAAGCUAGAGCGCUGGAUGCCGCAACAGCGAACGGUAACUCUGGGGCGGACAAGAACCUGGCGGCGGUGGGCGCCGGCGUCUUGCACCCAGUUCCCGGCAUUCUGUUCUUGGAGGAUGGCGCGUGCGAGAUGUGCGGGGACAACAACGAGGCCAAGGGGGACAUCCUCCUCUGCGACUCUUGCGAUGCCGAGUACCACCUCUCGUGCUGCACGCCGCCGCUCCAGGUGUGCCCGGAGGGCGAGUGGUUCUGCCUCACGUGCCGCAAGAACCGAGGGGAGCCCGUCACCAAGCUGUUCAACGAGGAGCGAGCAAAGAAGGAGGCCACGAUGAAGCAGCACGAGUUGCUCAACAAGCCGCCCCUGCCCAACAAGGCCGGGAAGAAAAAGCGCGACGCCUGCGAGUCCCCGGUGACGACCAAGCCCAACCCGAAGAAGGCCAAGUCGAGCAGCACCAGCAGCCCGUCCUCUGCCGCCGCCGUCGCCGCCGACUUGCCUGCUGCAGGGAGCGCCUCCCCCACUCUGUCCGACGCUGCAAGCGCCGGGUCUCUCAUUGAUGUUACCGGCGACGGCUCGCCGGCUUCCAACACCAGCCGGAACGGCGUCCACACGGCCUCGACAUUCACCGCCGCGGCGGCGGCAGCGGCGGCGGCCGGCGUAGCGGCGGCGGCGGCUGGCGUGGCGGCGGGGUCGGCGGGGGCUUCGCCGCCGCCGUCUGCGACGGCACCGGAAGCGAGCGCGGCUGCCUCUGGUCGCCGCGGCCAAAGCCAGGGCGCUACCGGCGCAGCGGUCAGCCGCGGGGGCGGGGGCGGGGGAGGCUCAACAACAACGGCGGCAGCGGCGUCUGCGGGGAGGCGCUCUCCGGCGGUGCUUGGCGCGGAGGCAGUGGCGGCGGCUGCCGCCGCCGCCGCCGCCGCCGAACUGCCGCCCCCGUGCUUCAUCUGCAAGGACGACAUAACGCACUGGGGCCCGAACGCGGGGAACGGGGAGGCCAUAAGCUGCGCCCGCGACGGGUGCGGGAGGGUGUUCCACGUGACCUGCGUGGCCUACCUGCUCCAGGACGCGGCGGCGCGCACGCCGGGGGGCUGCGGCGCCGAGGCGGGCACGUGGGAGUGCCCGUUGCACCGGUGCGCUUGCUGCGGCGCCGACGAGAACGGCCUGCAGCUAGGGGAGAAGAAGGACAGCAGCAACGCGGGGCUUGUGGUGUUGGCGUCGCCCUUGUCGGGCAGGAGUGGCGUGAGCGGCGUCGGCGGUUGGAGGAAAUCCGGGGGAGGGGGCCAAGACGGGGGGAAGGGGGGGGGAGGGGGGGCAGGGUCGAGGCGGCUGUGGCAGUGCACGUGGUGCUCGGUGGCGUUCUGCAUGAAGCACCUGCCGCCGCAGCUCGCGACGGCGGGGAGGAAGGCGCGCGUCGCGGAUGCGAAUCAGUGCGUGCACUGCAGGUCACCGUCGCCAAGAGUAAAGCUAGCGAUUCUCUUGGAGGGCAUGUGCUCGCGAAUCGCUAACCACCACCUGGCGAUCCCCUUCUUGAGGCCGUUCAUGCCCGGCAUCGCGUCGCCCUUCGGCGACGACAACGACGCCAACGACUACAAGGAAGAGGAGGAGGAGGAGGAGGAAGACGGUCGUAACGCGCCUAGUGCCGGGGCCACGCUUCCCGUACAAGGAGCGUCGGUGGGGGGGGGGGGCGAGGUGCGGAGUAGUAGUGGUGGUCCCGUCGCCAACGGUCAGCCCUUCCCCUCAAGGCCGGCGGCGGCGGCGGCGGCAGGGCCCGGUAGCUCAGCUGGUGCGGGCGCCAACCUGAAUAGUUCGUGUGCUGCUGCCACAGGGGUGGCUGUGGCAGCGAAGUCUUCCAAAAAGAGGGCAACUAGUGGCGGCGGCGGCAGCAGCCGGAGUAGCAGGGCCAAUGGUGUGGUUGAAGUCGGUGUGGCGGACGCCCCCGUAGAAGACAUCAUGGGCCUCCUAGACAAGACGCGGGCGCUGGGUUACUCCCGGUCGGCCGAGCUGAUGGCGGACGUGAGGACCCUGCAGGGGAAGUGCAGGAAGGCGAUCACGGACUGGGGGGGGGAUCCCGUGACAGGCGGGGGUUUCGGCGAGGGUUCCGGGAGGAUGAUAGUUAGAGCGAUGGACACGCUGGCGGCGAUGUUGGAGGGCUUGCUGGGGCGCUCCCGCGAGGAGCUGACGAAUGUGGAGGGCGACAUCGCCAAGAAAACCGAGAGGGAGCAUAGGAGACAAACAGACAGGGGCGUGGGCGACGGCUCGGCAGACGGGGGCUUCCCCUGGAGAGGGGAGUGCCUCCCGCCUAGGGCACGCCCGGCGCCGACGUCGCCGGCGGCAGCGGCGGCGGCGGCGGCGGCAACAGCGGCGGCGGAGGCGUUGGUAGCGAACGGGCGGAGAUCGCGAGGAGCAGGGGGGCGGGGAAGCGCGAAAGCAGAGGUCUGCGCUGCUGUUGCUGGUGACGGGGCUAGUGCUGGGGCUGGGGUUGGUGUUGGUGUUGGUGCCGCCGUGAAGAGGCUUCCGCCGCUGCGGAUGACGCGCCGUUGGUCCCUGGCGAGCUGGGCGGAGUUCCUGCAGAACGCACCGGUGUUGAGACGCUCAACUGGGCACGCGGUGCCGGGAGAGCGGAUCACGGUCAAUGGAACGGAGGUCCUCGGCACGCAGCAGCUGCGAGAGUCUUUGGCAGAAGGCAUGCGAUCCCCGGCCGUCCUUCCGAACCCCGAAGACUCGGACGACAGCGAUGGUUACAUGUUUUCCGACUCGGAUUGCCCCGUCUCCGCCGCCGCGGCCGCCCCCGGCGGUGGCUACGGUUACGGAAGUAGGGGGGGGGGCGCGGCGGGGGCAGGGGGGGGUGAUGGGAUGGCGCCUGUGCCGGAAUGGUCGGAGCUUGAGACGGCGGUACAGGCGUUGAUGGGGAUGGAGGGCGGGGAGGAGAGGGAGUGCGAGGACUUGUGGGAUGCCACGGAGUCGAGACGGCUGGUACAAAUGGAGUCUGUACUCGAAGAGCAACGACGAUUGAUGCGCCGGGUGAUGAGGCACAACGGCAACCUUCGUGCGCUGUGGAGGAAGUACGCAGCAUCCCCCCUGGAGGACCGGGGAAGCCAGGGGGCCGAGGGAGUGGUUACCCUGGGAGAAACACGCGUCCUGACGGAGUUCCAGAUAUCCAACGACCUUCUCAGAAAAAGGGUGCAAGAUCUCGAGGAACAACUCCGGGCCAAGUCGGCGCUAGAGGAGGGCUCGUUCCCCGCAGCGCCCGCCACCGCUCCCCUUUUCCACGGCGUCCCGGGCCAAAUCGGCAACGGCACGUCCGAACCUCCUGCUGCUGGGGCGUAUGGCGGAAGCGGCGCCGGUCACGCCGCACACGUUAGAGUUGGUAGAGGAGGUGCUCCCGGUCCCACCUUUCAGGGGGCAGGCGGCGGUGGGGGCGGCAGCCAGUACUUAGCCGUCCGGAGAAGCAGUAGCGCGCAAGAUAUCAAGGAGAACGGCGGUGGUUUCAAGGCCACCGCCGCCGCAGCAGCAGCAGCAGCAGCCGCGCCCCCUCCUUCGGGUGUGGUGGGCGGGGCGGCGGCGGCGGCGGCGGCGGCGGCGGCGGCAGCGGCAGCGGUAGAGAACGACGCCGAAGAGGGGCCGGUCGUGGACGUCGGCGGCGAAUGCGUCGUCGUCGCUUCCUCUCCGUCGCACCACGGCAGCGCGAGCGAGUCGCUCCCCAAGGUUUUGGCGGCGGCCGCUAGUGCUCCACCUGCUGCUCCACCUGCUGCUGCUGCUGCUGCCGCUGGCAAGGGUUCUGACGCGCCUGGGCCAUCCGCCGUGCCCCCCGUUGCUGCUGCUGCUGCUGCCGCCAGGGCGGUGGUUGCGUCGCCGGUGGUCAUGCUGCCAGCGGUCAAGCCGAACACUCCGAAAGUGGCUAUACCUGCGACGGCAGUGUCGAAGCCAGCGGCGGUGUCGAAGCCAACGGCGGCGGCCUCUGACGCGGCUCUCACGCCACCCCUCGCAGGCGGCGCAGGUCCGUCGCCCGAAGAGACGUCGACGACCAGCUCGGCGGCAAAGGGAGGAGGAGCGGCGGAGCCGAUAGUGGUCUCCGACGCUUGCCCCGCAGCUGCAGAGGCAAAGGCUGACACUGCCACUACCGGCGGCGACGGGUCUGUUGUGGAGAAGACGGAGUCGGCGAGCGAAGAAAAGGUGGCGGCCCGGGAUCGGAAGGAACACAAGGGAGACAAGACGGCAUCCUCCCUGGGAUCGAAGGCCGUCGACGGCGCUGAAGCUGAGGCGAGUCCGGAGGAGGGAGGCGUUGCUUCUGGGGCGGUGGCGGCGGCGGCGGCGGCGGCGGCUCCCUCUGCCACCGCGGAAGUUAGCAGCAUGAACGUAGAGGGGGAUGGAGAUGGCCCGGGAGGGGACGAUGACGACGACGAUGACGACGACGAUGACGGUGGGGUUCUCCUGUGACGCCUCUCGGCGUCGUUGGUGGUGGAAUGCCGUUUGUCACGGUCGUUGCCACCCCCAAAGCCACGACGAUACCGAUAGCAGGUCGCCAGCGGGUUCCAGCAUCUGUGGAGCGGGUAUAUACCAGUGUCACGCGGUCGAGGUCUGUUCCUCAUCGUUGCCCUUUGUUUCCUCUUGGCGGCCUGUUGUUGGCAAAGACCGGACCCGCCGCGGGCACGAACACGAAAGCCUUUCACAGCGGUGGUGGAAAACCCCCUGCUCGCGCGACGGGCCCGCACGCGGUAGCCGACGGUACCUGUGUUCGGCUGCGAUGUUCCCCCACAGCUGCCGUCGCCCUAUUCCUGUCCUUCCUGUCUCUCCGCCGCCUGUGUUCGGCAUCACUACUGUCGGUGGUCCGCUCGACGGCAGAUGGGGAAAUGGGGGGUAUGUUGAGGCGGCGGGUGCUGGAAAUCGUAGGGCCUGUUGCGAGGUUGUGCUGUUGGGGGGUUGUUCCGACAAUGCCAGCCGAGCCACACCGAGAGUUUAACGUGCUGUAGGUCCCCAGCAGGCAGGCGGGAGAACGAAAGCAGGGGGGGGGGUAUUUUCCUUUGUCGCGGCAUCGGGCCGAUCGUCGUAAUAGUGGCAACUGUCAUGCGGGCACCGGAGACGCCGCUGAAGAAAAGGGAACGCCGCCUGAAAGAACAGACCAAAUAUUUCUUCGACCGGGGAAUGGAUGACCCGGCGACGUAGCAUCAUAUACACAUCUGUUCACUGUCGGGAAGGGAGUGAUUGAUCGUGGGGAUAGAGGCUGGGGCGGGAAAUCUGUGUCGUGGUCUUUAUUACCGAAGCAAGUCUAGUUUCGCCAAGUGAAGAUUCGUUUCUACACUUCCGCGCGCGUACUUUGCCCGGAACAUGCGAGACCACCGGUGUGAAAUAGUUACGUUUGUGGGAUGAAGCCCCUCUGAAACCGUGGCGUAUUUUGGAGCGAAACACGGUACGUCGGUGGUGCACGCCGUGCUCCCCCCAAAGGUGGAAAGCCGCUUGGCGUGUAAACUUUGAGAGCGAGACAAGGAAAGAAGAGGGAAAAAGAAGAGACUUUGGGCGCUGAUUUCCCCCCCGCGUGUUUUGCUUGCUCCCCCCCCCCCCCUCAACACCCGUCAGUCUACGGUGCUUGUUGCCUGUUUACGCGAUUUCAAUAGUCUUGUGACAAGCCUUGAAGUCGCGACGGUGGUACGCUGGUCUGUUUUGUUACUUUUCUGUGUUUUUGGAGGCAAUUUAUGGCAUCCGUGCUGUUGAUGGCUGGACUGUUGACCGCUGGUGUCUUUUGUGUCACGCGAACACGCUAGCUGCGUAUUCGUGGCGGCGGGUGUUUGUUGUUGCUGGUGGUGAUGAUCGUGGUGGGUAGGAGAAAGUGUGGUGUUGCAGAGGAUUUGGGUGACAAGUUGUUUAGUUUUGUUUCUAGGGCAAAAGGGCGGGAGGCGGUUUCGGAUGUACUAUGAGCAGUAAGCACGGACGGACGAGGUAAAAAGACUGAUGCUGUAAUUGAAUACACAUGUAUUGUGCAGUAUGCACGGAUCCCGCGUGCGUCCAAAAAUCGUCUAAUUUAUGAUUUACACAACUCCGAGUUGGAGAAAACUUCUUGCGUCAGCGUAAGUUGACAACACAUGCAACGUACAACUACCUGACUCCCCAUGGACGUUGUCCUUUCGUGCAAGAAAUCUUGUCUCCCCACCCGGUUCUUCGAGCGUCGACGAAGCUGUUACUAGCCCGAUAAAACACGCAAGUCUCGGAGUACAAGAGAAAAAAACAGUCACGCUCGGUGCAUGCCUCCGCCCAACCAAUCAAGGGGUCCAAAUGACUCCAGAUUCCCGUGUGAAAGGGUGGAUUUCGGCAUCUGUCACAUCACAUCUUUUGACUUUUUUGCUUCCAUCGUGUGGUACCUCUCCGGCGUAUGUCUCGCUGAGCAAUCACAGAAAAGACCUUCCGCAACUUAAGAAACCUGCCUACCCCACUGAAAUCCACCGGCACGAUACCGGACAGGCACUGUUCAAAGUUUUGACAGACAAUGACUUGGAAAUUCAGUGUUUGUCGGCCCAAAACACCGGCACUAUAUCGGUCAUUGGCACUAUUCAACCGACACUAAACAUGGGCCCCCACUACUGUAAUUGCUGUAGAGGCUAAAUGUCGCGAAACCAGAAAAAUCAACACAUCAUCAGCUGGGGGUCUCACACUAAACUCGAAAUAAUAAUAACCUGUGUUCGAUGAUGGGGCGACGAAACCUAGUGAGGGCUUUAUCCUCGACCCGAACGUUCGGCGCUGCUUGGUUGCGGGCCCGUUCUGAAAGGACAUAAUGCCCGUCCCGUUUGCUCUGUCUAUUUGCUACUGUACAGUCCCAUGGUAUAUUUUUUCCGCUACUAAACGCGAUAGGUACUUACUUACGCCUGCCGUUCAAGACA